AUGGAGAGAGUAACAAGAUUAGCAUCACAAAGAGCUAUAGUUAUCUUUAGCAAGAGUACAUGUUGUAUGAGUCACACUAUCAAGACCCUUUUCUAUGAUCUUGGUGUAAACCCAACAGUUCAUGAACUCGACGAAGAACCCGGAGCAGGAAAAGAAAUCGAGAAAGCGCUUAUAAGUCUAGGAUGUAAUCCGUCGGUACCUGCCAUAUUUAUCGGUGGUAAGCUAGUUGGUGGAGUUAGUGAAGUUAUGACUCUUCAUCUCAGUUGCUCUCUCGUUCCAUUGCUAAAGCAAGCAGGAGCUAUCUGGCUUUGA